UGUUUCCUCAGUCUAUAUUUGUAUGGUUUUAUACAAUAACAAGCUACAAAAAUAAUUAAAUAAACUACAAACCAACAAGCAAACCGCAUUUAAAAAAAAAAAUUACCACAAAAGCUGUUACAGUUUCCAUUUCACCAUUUUUGCUACAAACGAAAGAAAAAGGAAGAAGAUUACAAAGAUAAAAUACCAAAACAAUAGAACCAUGUUUUGAAUCGAAACCAACGAAAAUAACAACGAUUUCAUUAAAAAACCAGCUCCGAAUCGUAAAAUUAUUAAUGUUGUCAUCAGCUGUAUUUGAUUUGUUGACUUUUUAAAUAAACUCAUAACAAAAACACACGUAAAGUGAGUCAUCAGUGCAAAAAUAAGUUUAAUCAUUUUUAAGUUUUGUAGAAAAGAAAACGAAGACGCCAAGCAAACAGCUAAAAAAAAUCCAAAAAAAAAACGAGAUUUCAUUUUGGCCGAUCUCACGUAAAUCCAUUUUUGUAUAUUGACGCGUAAGCUAAGACCCACACAACGUCUUUGAACAAAAAAAUAAAAAAAAUUAGAAACGUUAGUUUGUACUCACUCUCUCAGAAUAAUUUUGCAUAACUACCGCUACCUACAAUCGUACUCAGCACAAUUAGUCAUUCAUUCUCCAGUCACACAAACAGUUGAUUUGAUACUUUUCUUUCCACUACCAUACAUCAUCAGCUCAAGACUUCCCAUUCCAAGUGUCAAAGCAACAGCAACAGUCGUACUUCGUCGAGUGGCAGACUGAGAAGAAACGACUGAAAACUAACAAUACUCGUAUAAACUUCGUCGCCAGUAUAGCUGUAAUCAUUUGCAUAGAUAUUUGGCGAUGGCGUCACAAGGUGUAACAGCCAACUCACGGCUAGCAGAAAUGCAGAUGAAGUUCCAGAAAAAACAAAUGUUGGAACGUGAGCAAAAGAAAUUGGCAUUAACGACCGGAGACAUCCCUCAAGCAUCGAAAAGCACUAUGAGCAACGGAAAGGUGCGCCAAAUGUUUGAUGAUCGCCGACGUGGUGUUGGUAUAGAUCGUAGUCAUCCACUGCGACCAAUUGUGACAACCACCACUUCAACGACUGUGACAACUAAAACGUCCUCACAACAGUCACCCACCAAUAGACGUCUAGUUGGUGGAGCAAAUGUUACAAGACGACCAGUUAUUGCGAAUAGUACUUUAAUGAAAAACACAACUUCGACAACUCGUAGUAGUGUGAACAUCAAUAACACAGUGCACAACGGCAAUAGAAAUGUAUUCAAUAACAAUCUAGAUGAGCUGGACAGUCUUGACAAUGAAACAUUUCCCAAGGAGUUUUCCUCGUUGAGUUUAAAUAACACGCAUGUUAUGGGUUCCCAAGUUACAGGUGAUCGUGACUUUGAUAAUAAUAUCAAUGAGGAAUGCGGUGUAUUAGGAGGCACGAUUGUAAUUACUAAAAGAACAAGUCCCAAAACACAGACAAAUGGCAUUAAACUGAAUCCAGUGAUUACAAAAAAAUCUCCUAUUCCCAUGACAAAUACUAGCAGGACUCCCAGUAGUAGCAGUAGAGUAUCAACACUAUCUAAAACUACCAUCACCAACACCAUAAAAUCGCCAUUACAGAAAGCAACCACACCGUUAUCAACAACUAAAAUUAUUAAGGCUGCGGGAAACAAAUCUAGCAAUACUAAACCAGCAACAUUCGUUUUGUCGGUCAAACCGCCACCAAGAAUAAUUACUCCUCCACCUGGUAUGGCUUCGUGUCAAUAUUGCCAACGUCAAUUCAAUGAGGAUCGUUUAGCUAAACACGAAGAAGUAUGUGGAAAGAUGGCGAGUAAAAAGCGUAAGAUUUUUGAUGCUUCCAAGCACCGUGUUAAGGGUACUGAAGCUGAAAUAUAUGUAAGAAAAGGCAAAGUUUCAAACUCUAGUGUACCAAAAACCGUAACAACUGUAAUAAAAAAGACACAAGAAGCAACCAACACUGGUGAAAAGAAGAGCAAUUGGCGAAAAAAGCAUGAAGAAUUUAUAGCAGCCAUAAGAGAAGCCAAAAAGGUUCAAGCUUACUUAGCCAAAGGUGGCAAACUAAGUGAUUUGCCACCUCCUCCACCAUCAGAAAAUCCCGAUUACAUACAAUGUCCACACUGUAGUAGACGCUUCAAUCAAGCGGCUGCAGAACGUCACAUCCCCAAGUGCGCCAAUAUGCAGCAUAACAAGCCGAAACCUCAAAAAAGACGUGUGUAAAAUAUAUAUAAAUACCUACUUGGGUCGUUGGACCUGCAAUAUUGUAAAGUUUUUUUUCUUUCAACACCAAACAUUGACAAAAUGGUGAUAAUGAUUUAAUGAUUUUCUACUUUUAUAUACUUAUAAUAAUAAUAACAAUAAUAAUGAAUUUGUUUAUUUGUUUUUUAUUUUACUAAUAUUUAAUGCUUAUGCGUAAAAAAAUAAUUAAUGCAUAAUUUACUCCUAAAACAUGUGAUAAAUUAUUUUUGUAAAUCGAAUUUUAAUUUUCAUUUCAAACAUGAAUUAAUUUGAAUAAAUAAAAUGAAGAAAUAAUUAGGAAAUAUUAUUAA